GACAGUGACAGAAGGGAUGCUGAGAACGCAGAGCUGGCAGAACUUGGAGAGCAGCUACAGAGCGAGUUGAGGGAAAGAGAUGCAGCCAUGUCAGCGACUGCGCGGCAGAUGGAGAUGUGUGAAGCCUUGAACAGAGAGCUGGACCAGGCAGUUGCCGACCUGCAGGUGGAUUUGGCUGCAUCCAAGAAUAGAGAGGAGGCGCAUCAAGCAACUCUUUCAUCUCUGAAUCGAGAGCUUCAAACCAGAGAAGGUGCUGUGCAGGAAUGGAAAGCCCAAGCGCAACAGUGGCAAAUCCGGGCUUCGCAGCUUGAAGCAGAGCUGGAUGCCCAGGUAAGGACCCUGCAGGACAGCGUGCGCCAAGUCACCGACUCGGCAGGGGAGAUCCAGAAACUGGGUCGAACCAUGGGAGAGGAGCUGUGUCGAAUCCGAGAAGAGUCCAGGAAAGAACAACUGACCCUGCAAGUAGCUUUGGAAGCAGCAGCUGAGAAGAGCAUGCUCCUUGAAAGUACAACUCAGCUCAGGCAGCAGGAAGUUGAUGCUUUGGAGGUGGAAGUCGUCUCAGCGAGGGAGAAAGCUGACGGCGACCAGUUAGAGGCCCUGGAGGAUGAGGUUGUUAGCAGCAAGAAGCUGCAAGAAGCACAGCUGGGCACGCAUGCAGACUUGCAUCGUGCGAUUGUACAUACAGAGGACCAGCUGGCCAGGGCUUUGCGCAGUGACGAGAUGCAGCAGGAGCUGACGGCCAAGUUGCGGAGCUCCCUGAACUCUUCAGAGGUCAGCUUGUCCCAGUACCGUGCCAAUUUGGAGGCCCAGGAGUCCAUGGAGUCCCAGCUCAGGAAGCAGCUGGACACCAUCCGAAGCGAGUCCAAAGAAGACAAGAGGAUGGCCACUAACCUGAGAUUGCAAUUGGUAGAGUCGGAGGAGGAGCGAAAUGCAUCGGAUACCGCCUUCCAGACCCAAAAAACCAUCGAGGCGAACCUGCGUGGCCAGCUCGCGCUCGAAGCCGAUCAGCUGUCCGAAGUGCGCUCUGCCCUUCAGGUUCAGCA